AUGUCGACAGAUUCCGAGUCGGAUUACUUCGAUGAUGACGACUUUGUAGUCCCUGGAACCCCCGACAGGCCCUCCCGUCCCACAAAACGCCGCCGCAUUCGAAAUCGCGGGCAAGAGCGCGAAGGUCAAGAUGACGCUUCUUCGAUCGAAUCGUUCUCUGAUAUGGAGGAUGACGGAUUACCCUCCCGGGGCCGAGAAUCGCGUCGCGAUCUCGAAGAAUACCAGAAUCGCUCCAAAAAUAAGAGCUGUGUACUGAAGCAAGCCAGCGUCCAAAAUGACAUGUUCGUCACACAACUCACGCAACCUUCCUCAAGUCCAGAACGAAUACGGGGUGCACGAUGGCAGAAGCCCGUUGCGAAACCGCCUCCGCCAAGAUUUGAAGCUGGAGGACAAGAUGGUGCUGAUGAGCAGGAGAGGAAUUAUUCCCAUGAUGAUGAGGAGGAAUUGAUGGCCGCUAUCGCGGCUUCCUUAGAUUCAUUUGAAGAGGAGAAAACAAACAGAGCGGUAUUGCAACCCCCGAGUUUAUCAAACAAUACUGCUCCGAAAAAGCUUGCCUCGCCGGAAAAGACAAACACGCAUGUCUCUGCGGAUGUCCCGUUUGAGCUGGAGGACAUACCUGAAGGCGCAUUUGAUUCUUCGCCAUCAUUGUCCCCAGUAGCACGACCAGUCCAGCCUGCAGUUCCGCAAUUUAGUCAAUCCCGAGGCUCAUUCCGACAGCCCCAUCUCAGACAGAGCACGUUAUUCGGCAUGGUUGCUCCAAACCCCGAGGUCUUGGUUCCGCGCCAACCAGACUGGGGCCCGCCAGAAAAGACUGAGCCACCAACCCAACACAAACUUGUCAAAGAUGCUUUGGAUACAUGGGUCUACCCCACGAAUUUGGGCAAAACCAGAGAUUACCAGUUCAAUAUCACCCAAGCAGGCCUGUUUCACAAUCUACUCGUGGCCUUGCCAACGGGUCUGGGAAAGACAUUCAUAGCGGCUACGAUUAUGCUAAAUUGGUUUCGCUGGACAAAAGAUUCUCAAAUCGUUUUUGUAGCACCGACGAAACCCCUGGUUUCACAGCAGGUAUCGGCCUGUUUGGAUAUUGCCGGAAUCCCACGCUCGGAGUCGACAAUGCUCACGGGAGGAGCAUCACCGGGUAUUCGCGCCGAAGAGUGGAAAUCAAAGCGGGUAUUUUUCAUGACACCCCAAACACUGAUCAAUGACCUGAAGACCGGAAUCGCUGAUCCUAAGCGAAUCGUGUUGUUGGUCGUUGAUGAAGCCCAUCGCGCGACGGGUGCGUAUGCAUAUGUGGAGGUAGUCAAAUUCCUUCGACGCUUCAACAACAGUUUCCGCGUGCUCGCACUCACAGCAACGCCGGGUUCAACAGUCGAAUCGGUACAGGCGGUUAUUGAUGGGUUGGACAUAGCACGUGUUGAGAUCCGUACGGAGAACUCGAUCGACAUUCGCGACUACGUUCACGCUCGCAAUAUCGAAAUCGAAAUAUUUGAGAAUUCAGAUGAAAUGAUUUUCUGUAUGGACCUUAUGUCUGCAGCCUUGCAGCCCUUGCUUGAUCAACUCCGAACCAUCAACGCCUACUGGGGACGUGACCCUAUGGGGUUGACUGCGUACGGCCUCACAGUGGCGAGGCAACAAUGGAUGCAAUCCGAUGCUGGCCGGAAUGCCAGUUUCGGCUUGAAAGGCAAAGUCAACUCCAUUUUCACCGUUCUUGCUAGCUUGGCCCACGCUAUUGAUCUCCUCAAGUAUCAUGGUAUCGUGCCAUUCUAUCGCCAUAUCAUUCAUUUCAAAUCAAGCUCUGAGGGACAGAAAGGCGGAGGUGGCAAAUACCAAAAGCAAGUUGUACAGGAUGAUAGUUUCAAAAAGCUACUCAGCCAUCUUGAACCAUGGAGUAAGAAUCCAGAGUUCAUCGGUCAUCCGAAAUUGGAAUAUCUCAAGUCAGUGAUUCUGAAUCACUUUAUGGAUAGGGGUGAAGGGAAAGAGUUGCCGAACGGCACUAGUCAACCUGCGACCCGUGUCAUGAUCUUUGUGCAUUUCCGUGACAGUGCUGAAGAGGUCACGAGAGUGCUCAAAAGAUAUGAGCCCAUGAUUCGGCCUCAUGUUUUUGUGGGCCAAUCAAGCGCGAAAGGCUCUGAAGGCAUGGACCAGAAGACGCAACUCAAAAUCAUUGAGGAUUUCAAGAAAGGCACAUACAACACGAUCGUUGCUACAUCCAUCGGCGAGGAAGGAUUGGAUAUUGGAGAAGUCGAUCUGAUCGUGUGCUAUGACUCGUCGGCAUCGCCCAUCCGCAUGCUGCAGCGCAUGGGACGAACUGGCCGUAAGCGGGCUGGUAACAUCACUCUGCUAUUGAUGAAAGGCAAAGAAGAAGACUCCUACAUCAAGGCGAAAGAUAACUAUGAAAAAAUGCAGCAAAUGAUUGCCAGUGGCUCCCGAUUCACGUUUCACGACGAUCGUUCCGCACGCAUCUUGCCCCCGGGCCAAGAACUGCCAGAGCCGAAACGCAAAGGGCGGGCACCGAAGCGACCUGCGAAGGUGUUCCACAUGCCCGACGAUGUUGAAACAGGGUUUACUCGGGCCUCGAAUUUGGGUGGCGAUAAACCCCAGAAGAAGGCCACCGCAUCCAAAAAGGCAGCCAACCCCAUAAAGAGACCUCGGACCCCGACACCCGAGCCUGUGGAUGUUCCGUCGCUGGAGGACGUUGUUCUUAGCACGAGUGAGCAAAAUGAUCUUGAACAUCAUUAUCAGAACAUCGGUACCACUUCUCCGCAGUUCAUCCGAUUCCCUCGCAAUGACGCCUUUCCACGUUUGCAACUCAUUGAACGACCCACAAAGAACGUCAAGCAUGGGUCUCUCACCCGGCGCUUGGUAAAAGCCUUACAGAAGAUGCACGAGGCCGGCCCUGACUGCGAUCAGCGAUUUAAAGAUAUUUUGGCCCGUGAACCACUCUCGUCAGAUGAGUCCAGUCAGACGUCCCGGAAGAAUCCAACGAGGAAGCCUCGGCGCAACUCAAAGCUCUUGAAAACACCAUCUAAAAGCGCUGCUCGACAAGCUUCCAGCAAGACCACUGCAAACCCCGCUGGCGGGGAGGUUGUUUCUGUUUUAUCUCCAGAUCGUGAACCCAAGAAUGAUCCCUUUGCCUUCAUGGAUGGUGACUUUGAUGACGAUGGCUCGGACUUUGAAUUGAUGGAUGCUAGCCUUUUGUUUAGUAGUGGGUCUAAACCUAAGGGUCGGAAACCCAAUAGGCCCAUCAUUGAACAUAGUGAUGAGUGA